AUGAAUACUCAUGCCUCUCCAGUCGCUCUUCUCCCAUACGUCUGGUCCUCCUCGUGUUGCAAGAUGACCCAGGAAGCUCCCAUCAUCAUCGGUAUACUGGCCAUGCAGGGUGCAUUCGCCGAGCACCAAGUCAUGCUCCAGAAAGUACGAGUGCAUAGGCCAAUCAAGAUCGCACUCAUUAGGCAGGCAGAGGAUCUAGUUCAAUGUGAUGGGCUUAUUAUCCCGGGCGGAGAGUCAACGACGAUCGCCUUGCUUGCACGACUUGCUGGUUUGACAGAGCCCCUCCGAGAGUUUGUCCAGAAUAAGCCGGUAUGGGGGACAUGUGCUGGUGCAAUCCUGCUCUCGCGGGACGCGGAAGGGAUGAAGAAAGGUGGGCAGGAACUACUUGGCGGUGUCGAUAUCAAGACGGCUCGGAAUGGCUGGGGGUCGCAGGUCGAAUCAUUCGAGGCACCUCUGUACACCGAGGGCCUGCGAGAGUCGAACCGACCGUUUACAGGUAUUUUUAUCCGUGCUCCUGUAAUUACCGAUAUCACACCUUCGGCACUCGCGCCACCUGUGCAAAUUGUUGCGCGGCUCUCUACAGGGCUGCUUCCGAAGGGGCAACAAAUUGUCUCCAUUGACGAGGACGACACGGAUCCACGGGAUGCACGGACGGUGGUCGCACUGCGGCAGGGCCGGCAUCUUGUUACGACAUUCCACCCGGAGCUAACGAAGGACGAUCGGUUCCAUGAGUUCUUUGUGAAGCAGUGUGUAUUGCCUUCGCUUGAGGAGCGUACAAAGUGAGGAAUUAGUAGAAUGGUUGGAUAAAUUCUAUAGAUGGUGUAUCUUUUUUAAUCUUAUUAUAUACUUGAGCAAU